CGCCCACUCAGGAAGGCUAAUCUAUCCAGCGUUACUAGCUCACUCGCACACGUGCGGAUUCCACUGAUGCUCACGAGUGAAUGAUUAACUGAGCUGCUGCAAUGAUCACAGCGGGCUGUUGUUCAAUGCGUCUGUUUGCGGUCUGACUGGGUUUGUGCUGUGCAGAUUCAUUAUGGCAGCUCUGCGUGCGGCAAAACAAGCUUUGAGAAGAGAAAUCAAGGGUCGAGUGGCUGCAGUGAGUGAUCAGGAGAAACUAAGACAGUCUCGAGUUGUCUCGCAAAAGUUGUUCAGGCAUCCCAAAUACCUGUCCAGCCAGCGUGUGGCUGUCUUCCUGAACAUGCAUGAUGAGGUGCGCACAGACAACAUCCUCCAGGACAUCUUCAAGAGGGGGAAAGUCUGCUUCAUUCCCAGAUACUUCACCAAGAGCAGUCGUAUGGACAUGUUACGACUCAAGGACAUGGAGGAGGUGAAGACGCUGCCCCUCACGUCCUGGAACAUCCGGCAGCCAGCAGACGAGGACCACGACCGAGAGGAAGCCCUGACCACAGGAGGACUAGAUCUUAUCCUCAUGCCUGGUUUGGGAUUUGAUAAGAAGGGGAAUCGGCUUGGCAGAGGAAAGGGUUUCUACGACACGUAUUUGGAGCGCUGUAGGACGCACCCGAAAGGAAAGCCCUACACCAUCGCCUUGGCUUUCAAAGAGCAGCUGUGUGCUGAAGUCCCAGUGGGUGAACAUGAUAUUCUUAUUGAUGAAGCCCUCUAUGAAGACGAGGAAUGAACUGCACCAGCCAGACCUUGAUUUCAGCGUUGCUGAAAGUCAUUUGAAUUCAAAUGAUUCCUGCGACAUUGAUCUUGUUUCUGAAUGAAAUGCAUUAAAUCUCCUUAGAUGCAAUCCAUAUUCUCAACUCAAAUGUCUGGAGACUCCUUUCAGAGAAGACUUUCUGUAUCCGCAUAAGAAUCAAUAAAUGCUCACUACCAAAUGGCUAAAUAUUGUAUGCAGUCUGUCCUGACUUUAAAGGAACAGUUCACUCAAAAAUUAAAAUGUGGUCUUUAUUUUGUCACUCGUGUUGUUUUAAAUCUGUAUGCCGUUAUAUUGUUUGGUUACAGUUUUUUUUUUUAUCUUUCAAACUCAAACUAUUAUUACUAUUUUAGUUUUGAUGGAAGGUAAGAUUGUCAGUAAUAACUUUAAUUUCAGUCUAUUCCUCAGUUAGGCAUCAGAAGACUUCAAAUGUACUGUCAAAUGGACUUCUUGUAUGGUACUUUUGUUGUUUUCAUUGUCUUUUUUUUAUCUGUGUUCCACAGAAACAUGACAGCAUACAAGAUGUAAACUACAUGAGGGUGAAUAAAUAGUCAGAAUUUGCAAUUUUGGUAAACAACUGCAUUAAAAUGAUCUUCUGUA